GUUACAACCCUUAUUCGUGCCAAGGCAUCGCCUCGUGGCUCCAGGCCGGAUUCGUUCAACCACCGAAAGCUCAACUGGGGAGCCAGGCUAAGGGCACAGAAUCAGAGAGGGCAGAAAUCAGAGGGGCACAAGAGACCACCCGCUUGAGCAACUGUGCCCCUGGAGAAGAGCAGAACACCAUGGCCACACUCAAGGAGAAGCUGAUGACCCCCAUUGCCUCGGGAGCCACGGCCCCCAACAACAAGGUCUCAAUUGUGGGCACUGGACAGGUCGGGAUGGCCGCUGCCAUCAGCAUCCUUGGAAAGGGUCUUUGUGAUGAACUUGCUCUGGUUGAUGUUGUGGAAGACAGACUAAAAGGAGAAAUGAUGGACCUACAGCAUGGGAGCUUGUUCCUUCACACUCACAAGAUUGUGGCAGACAAAGAUUACAAGGUGACAGCCAACUCCAAGAUCGUGAUCCUGACUGCGGGCGUUCGUCAGCAAGAGGGGGAGAGUCGCCUCAACCUGGUCCAGAGGAAUGUGAAUGUCUUUAAAUUCAUCGUUCCUCAGGUCGUGAAGCACAGCCCCAACUGCAUCAUCAUCGUGGUUUCCAAUCCAGUGGAUAUCUUGACCUAUGUCACAUGGAAGCUGAGUGGCCUGCCAAAAAACCGUGUGAUUGGAAGUGGCUGCAAUCUCGACACGGCCAGAUUUCGUUAUCUGAUGUCUGAGAGGCUUGGGAUUCAUCCAAGCAGCUGCCAUGGCUGGAUCCUGGGAGAGCACGGUGAUUCCAGUGUGGCUGUUUGGAGCGGAAUUAAUGUGGCAGGGGUUUGUCUCCAGCAGCUGAAUCCUGCCAUGGGAACUGACAAAGACCCUGAGAACUGGAAGGAGGUCCACAAGAAAGUAGUUGACAGUGCUUAUGAGGUGAUCAAACUGAAGGGAUACACAAACUGGGCUAUUGGCCUUAGUGUUGCUGACCUCUGUGAGACCAUGCUGAAGAACUUGCACAGGAUUCAUUCCAUCUCCACACUGGUAAAGGGCAUGUAUGGCAUUGAGAAUGAUGUCUUCUUGAGCCUGCCUUCUGUCCUAAGUGCCUCUGGAUUGACAAGUGUCAUCAACCAAAAGCUGAAGGACGAUGAGGUGACUCAGCUGAGGAAGAGCGCGGAUACCCUGUGGAACAUCCAGAAGGAUAUCAAAGAUCUGUAACUCAUGAAUGCCAGAUUCCAGCCAUAGAAAACCAGCAUGUUGUGUGCAGAUAUGGGCUCUACUCACUCUACAUCUCUAAAGUUAACAUUAAAUGCUCUUCCAGACGGUUCAUGGUAGCUAAACUUAUGCUUGCUGUAACGCACAAACCUGACGAACAAAUAAAGUAAUUUUCAGGCA